AAUCAAUCCCAUGAAGCCGUGCGGGGACUAAUCUAAACACAUAGUUCCUGCGGAAAACCAACGCCAGACACCUGUGUAACACCCAAAACACCAACAUGUACUCUAAAAGCAAGACGAUUCCUCUCCGCGGAAGUGCUAGUGCACUCUGCAACAACCUUGCUCUGAACCGCAUCCCCGAGAAGAACCUGACGACCCAUGCAGUGGUGCACCGAUCAGCGGUAAACCUGGUGACGGUGUCGGGGCCGGUGACAGGGGAGGGGCAGCAGAAUUUCCAUCACAGACAGGUUACCUGCCGGGAGGCUGGACAGCACACAGGGUCCAUGGUUCUACAGGCCAAAUGGUGUCAACUGGCAACACGAAACCUGCUUGUCAUUACAUCACAGAAGGGAGUGCAGAUAUUUGAACAGGACGGGGCCAUCAUGGUGUUCUGGCAUGCCCUAGGAGCUGCAGAGAGCGUCAGUGGAUACAGCACAUUUGCAAGAGGUGUUGCACCUGUAGCAGGGAACCUCAUCUGUGUUGGUACUUCCUCGGGCAAUGUGCUGUGCUUCAACAUUCCUCCCAAGGGUCCGAAUGUGACAUUAACAGAGACCAUGAAGGGUCAUUCCUCAGCUAUCACUGACAUCACCAGUACUGGGCACACGGGUGACACUGUUGUCACUGCUGACGACAGUGGAAAUAUCAUCGUGUGGAAAGGACCAAAAUUUGUGGAAGUGACACGAAUCUCCGGGAGCCGGAACCCAGCCUGCUGCGUAUGUCUGUGGAAGGAUACAGUCAUAGCAGCGUACAGUACCGGUCACAUCCGCCUCUUUGGCGCAGAAACUGGUAACAUCCAUGCUGAGGUGUGUGCCCACGCUCGUUGGAUCAGCUCUCUGGACAUGUUACCAGAAUCUGGAUUGCUAAUAUCAGCAAGUGAAGAUUCAUAUGCCCGCAUUUGGCAGCUCAAAAAGGGAUACACAACAGAGGUCGAACAUGUUCAUUCGGAGUGUGUGACAGACAUACAGCUGUGUGGAGGCAAGUUCACCAGUCCCGAUGGGAAGGCAUUCGCUGUGACAGGAUACGACACAAACGAGAUCAUCUACUAUGUGCAGAACUAAACUUAACGUGCAAGAACAUACUCUGUCAGUGUCUCACAAAUCAUGUGACAAGGUUUUAACUCCAGAACAUGCAGGGAUGUUAGAUAGCAUCCCUUUGGCUUUUAACCAGAACAGUUUGUAAAAUUUUCACCUCAUGGAGACUAAGAAAAAAGAUGCUAUUGGUCUAGAGAUUGACUUACAUCUGAAAACAUUUCUUCAUUUUAGAUGCAGUAUGUGAUGUGGUCAUAUUGAAAAAUUGACCUGGAAUCAAUGGACUGGUUCAGAGAGCAAGGCCUUUCAUUAGGAUAUCAUCUACAAACGAGCAUCUUUGAAAUGGUGAUGAGACAAAUAUUUUUCUCACUAGAAUCACAAAGUGGCCUGGGAUAGUCUUUAAUCAAAUUCUUCAUUUUUGUGUAAACAAGAAAGUGAAUAGUUGACAAAUAGCACCAUGACUGGCUUUGUUGGUACAAGUGUCUGAGUUAUGUAUAGUAUGUUUUCUUGUUUGGUUGUUGCACCACUAUUUAUGUUGGAAUAAUAUACUUGUGGAGUUGAUCAUUUCACACGGUGGAAGUUUCAGUGAACAGUAGAUCAGGCGUAGAUGGGACUUUGGGACCAAUACCAGAAUAUCUGGUAGACUGCUUUAGAACUGAGAGCCAAGGUGUAAUAUGUUUGUGUGUCCAGUGUACUUUAAGCUAAUGUGUUAUUUUGUAGUAAAUGAAAAUAUUUUUGUCCCUGCAGUUUUUCAGUUGGUUUUACCUCGUCAUAUAAGUCCUUGUGUCAAAUGUACUACAGGCUGCUCAAGCUGUGGUGACGAAGUAUAUCUUAUAUAAAACUGUAAAAAUAAAAUACAUGUAUCUUAAUUCA